AUGACCGACUUAAAUUUCCGCGUUUCGCUUGUGGAGUUUGCCUGGGAGAACUGCGGUGACGAGACGGACCCCGUGGUGGUGAAGAGCCUCACCGUGGCACCUGACCCCAUCACCAUCCCGGGGACUCUGACCCUCAGUGGGACCGUCAGUUGUGGCGAGACCAUCUCCUCCCCUCUGAAGUGGCCAGCCCCGGCGGCUGGCUCCAGGGACGUGCCAGGGCACCGCUGCGGGAGCCCCGAGCUGGCCUGGCUGCCCUGCACCAAUUUCCUGGGCAGCUGCACCUACGACGACGUCUGCACCCUGCUCGACGAUGCCAUCCCGCCCGGCACAUUCUGCCCGGAGCCGCUGCUCACCUACGGCAUCCCCUGCCACUGCCCCUUCCAAGAGGGCUCCUACUCCCUGCCCGAAAGCAACAUCGAGCUGCCCGAGGUGGAGCUGCCUUCCUGGCUGACCAACGGCAACUACCGUGUCCAGGCGGUCAUCAGCAGUGAUGGGAACCAGCUCGCCUGCAUGAAGGUCACCUUCUCGCUGCAGUCCUAG